AUGGUUGCAUACAAGGGCACCACAGCGGGUAUCCUUCAUCAAUAUGUAGCCAAGAAAUCAGACAAGAACUCCACUGUGUAUGCCGACAACUACUUCACAAGUAUAGCGUUGUUUGAGUACUUGAGGUCACAGUAUAGUUGCUGGUAUGUGGGCACUGCCAGGGACAACAGAGUUGGCUAUCCACCCCUGCAGUCUGUCAAGAACAUGACCAAGAACUCGGUAACCAGGGGCACACAUGACUACGUCUCUUCUGACGGCAUCCUUGUCGUCAGGUGGAAGGACAACAGCAUUGUCACAAUCUUAUCCACUGAUGUUGGUGUGGAGCCUGUUUGUGAAGUGGAGAUGUAUGACAAGGAAGCGCAGAAGAAGGUUCCUGUGCAAUGUUCCAAAUGUUAUCAACAGUACAACAGUCGCAUGGGUGGCAUUGACAAGAGCGACAUGUUGGUCCACCUCUACAAGACCCCAUUCAUAGCAAAGCGUACUACAUGA